UGUCCACAGUGAAGAUUUCUUUCCCUAGAAUUAACCAAUAAUGCCCAAAUUCCAGAUUCCAGAAAUCAUCACAUUUGUGAUUUGGGACUACCUCGUUUUUGCAGCAUUGUUUUUGAUAUCUGCAGGCAUUGGGGUGUUUUUUGCUAUAAAAGAAAGAAAAAAAACAACCUCAUCUGACUUUCUUGUUGGCGGUAAACAGUUGUCAUGUGGACCAGUAGCCUUAUCCCUGACGGCCAGCUUCAUGUCAGCGGUGACAGUGCUAGGGGCCCCAGCUGAAGUCUAUCGUUUCGGGGCCUCCUUUGGUUUGUUCUUCAUUGCCUACACCUUUGUUGUCAUUUUUACAGCUGAGCUGUUUGUGCCCAUGUUCUACAGGUCAGGAAUCACCAGUACCUACGAGUAUCUAGAGCUCCGGUUUCACAGAAGUGUCCGAUAUGCGGCAACAAUUAUGUACAUUAUACAAACGAUCCUUUACACCGGAGUAGUUGUCUAUGCACCAGCUUUGGCUUUGAAUCAGGUGACGGGAUUCGAUCUCUGGGGAUCUGUUUUUGCCACUGGUAUAGUUUGCACCUUUUACUGCACCUUGGGAGGACUGAAGGCCGUUGUGUGGACAGAUGCCUUUCAGAUGGUGGUUAUGGUUAUCGGAUUUUUGUCUGUUCUCAUUGAAGGAACGAUUCAGAAUGGAGGGCCAAGCAAUGUAUGGCAGAUCGCUAUAAACGGAUCACGUCUGGAUAUUGCUGACUUUAGUGUGGAUCCAUUAAGAAGACAUACAUUUUGGACAAUAGCAGUUGGGGGAACAUUUACAUGGUUGGGAAUCUAUGGAGUCAACCAGUCUACAAUACAGAGGUGCAUUUCCUGCAAGUCAGAGAAACACGCAAAACUAGCCCUUUAUCUUAACUUGAUUGGUCUCUGGAUUAUCUUGACAUGCGCCGUGUUCUCGGGUUUAGUCAUGUACGCACACAAUGAAGGCUGUGAUCCUUGGACUGCUGGGUUUAUAAAAGCUCCCGACCAGAUGAUGCCUUAUUUUGUUAUGGAUAUAUUUUCAAAAAUGCCAGGACUUCCGGGUCUCUUUGUAGCAUGCGCCUUCAGUGGGACAUUAAGCACAGUGGCCGCCAGCAUCAAUGCUCUCGCUACUGUCACCUAUGAAGACUUUGUUAAGAGCUUUUUCAAGAAUUUAUCAGACAGGAAGAGUACCUGGAUUAGUAAAGGCUUAUGUGUCCUGUUUGGUAUUCUAUGCACUGUGAUGGCAGUGGUUGCAUCACUAAUGGGUGGAGUUGUACAGGCUGCACUUAGCAUCCAUGGAAUGGGUGGAGGCCCAAUGUUAGGAUUAUUCACUUUGGGCAUUUUGUUUCCAUGGACCAACUGGAAGGGGGCUCUAGGAGGAUUUUUGACGGGGAUCACCUUGGCUUUUUGGGUUGCCAUUGGAGGAUUUAUAUAUCCUGCUCCUACAACCAAGUCGCUUCCUCUAACUCUAAGGACAGAUCAGUGUAAAUUGCUUAAUGAGACAAUCAAUGCCACAUUGUCCACAGUCCUUCCUACAACUCUGGCUACCAUUGAUCCUCCAGUAAGGUCAGUGCUGGCGGAUAACUGGUACAGUUUAUCCUACCUCUACUAUAGCGCUGUGGGCUGCCUUGGGUGCAUUAUAGCAGGGCUUGCAAUAAGUUUUAUAACAGGUCAUGAGCAUGGAAAGAAUGUUAAACCGCUAUUUAUUAGACCGAUCUGCAAUCUAUUCUGCUUCUGGUCAGAUAAGUACAAGAAGAAGUGUUGGUGUGGCGUCCGACACGAUGAAGAGGAUGAAGAGCUGGAUGAUGCUGCUUUGAAGAAAGACAUUAAGAUGACUCCAGUUCAAGAAAAGCAAAUAGAAAGCUCAUUCGAUAGUGACUCCUUACAAAAACGACCACUUGGUUAUAAUCCUGAAGAAAAAUCCUAUACAAACACAGAUUCAGAGAAAGAAUGCCGAAUGUAGAUAAAUUAUUGGUUACUUAGUGUCUUGCAGCACUAAAUGUACAUACAACCACCAUCAUCGGAAAUCAUUAUGGCUUGAGGAUCUCAUUUUGCUGUCUUCUAAUUUUGCUCAUACACUAGAGAUAUUGCACAGAAUUGCUGUACAGUAUUUAUCCUUUUUUUUUUAUUCAUCAUACGUUUGAUAAUGUAAUAUACAGGACAUUGGACAAAAUAUGCCAUACAUGCCCUCAUUAUUGUAGGCCUUGGAGAGAAUACAACUCAUGAUUAAUAAAGAUUUCUUGAAGACUC